CUUGUAUGGUUGUAUGCAACGGGGCCUCACUUAGGAACACAAAUCGACACAUCACCACUCCCAAAUUUGUGAUCUCCCUUCCCUCAACCAAAGCAAACUCUAAGCCAAUCCGUACGAAAACUAUGUUCAUCCCCUCCGCUUCUUCAGUGGACUUGGCUUCUCCGCCUCCCUACAAACCAUUCUCUAUUGUGUGGUCUUCCUCUCUAAAUCGUAUGAUCAAAAACUUUCUUGCCCCCAUUUAUAUAUUCUAUUCAAUGGUCCAAAUAAGGUAUACUACAUUACUCCCAAUUCAUAUCUUUGGAAACAUUCAAAGUCACAAAUAAUAUCUUUGUUCUCUGUUCUUUUGUUUGCUUCUAAAUCUUGACUUCCUUUCCACAGUUCCACUAUUUAUUUACUCCUCUUCUUUGGUUAUCCUCUUUAUCCACACACUUAACCGACCGUAGAGAUAUCAUAAUUCAUACCUGGUAUAUGCUCUGUAAAAUGGAUAGAGGCUGUGAGCUUUGCGGAGGAGAGGCCGCCGUCUGCUGCCCGUCCGAUUCGGCGUUUCUGUGCUGGAGUUGCGACGGUGAGGUCCACGGCGCGAAUUCCCUCGUCGCCCGCCACAUUCGGUUCGCGGUCUGCUGCAAUUGUAGAUCCGUCACCGAGAAUCGCGUCUCCGGCGGGGAUCGGGUUUCGGGGUUCUGCAAUUCCUGCUCGGCUUCCCCGCCGGGAGACGACGGUCUCGAUGACGCGCUUUCGUCGUCUUCGGCGACCAACGAGGGUUCUAGUUGCCGGAACGAGGCGAGCUCCGUCGAGGGUUUCGCCCGGCCGGAGAGGAGAAAUCGGGGGAAGCCGUUGAGGAAGGUGAGGUCAGAGGCGGAGGGCGUUUUGGUCAAAUGGUGCGCGAGGCUUGGAAUUGGCGGGGAGGAGAGGCAGGAGGUGGCGCGGAAAGCGCGUGCGGCGUUCCAGAUUUGCUUGGCCGCGGGUCGCAUGGCGGCGCUUCCCGCUCGGAUCUCGCUCGCGGCGUCUCUGUGGUUCGGCUGGAGAAGGUCGGCUAGAAAAUUGGGGCAGUCGGGGCAGGGAUUGAAGGCGCUUGAGCAGAUCACCGGCGUGCCGUCGAAGCUUAUUGUGACCGCCGAGUCGAAGCUGCAGCUGGUGGUGAAAUCCGAAAUGCGGCGGCGGCAGUGGCUCGCUGAAGGCUCGGAUGAGUGCUCCGUUUGAUUUCCUGCACACAUUGUAUUAUUGUAACGUGUAAUUUGAGACAUGAAGUAGCUGAUUGUGCGUCUCCCUCCUACACUCUUCUCUUCCAGAGCAUGUUGCUCCUCAACCCAACAUCGAUUCUUUGUUGCUAUACAAAAAAAAAAAACAUAUUUUUACACAGUAUUUUAAUCAUAUUAUUAUUUUUAUUUGUAUACUCCUUCCAGAAACAGAGAGUUUUAUUUUAUAUUUCAAAUUACAUCUCUACUUAAUGUCAAAAUAGGGAUAAUUGUGAUUGGGUGUGUUCUUCAGUUUCGG